CAAUAAAGGCCACAUGCCCUGUAAAAUAGAGAGAGAGAGAUGUCAGUGAAGAACUGUUUUCAAGUAAGGACAGUAGCUACUGGCAGAGGUGGUGGUGAUGGUGGUGGUGGUGGUGGUGGUGGUGGUGUAAAAUUGCACCACCAAAACCAUCCAUUUUGUUUAAAGGAAAUUAAGCUUCAUUUGCCAACAUGUAGUACUACUAGUAGUAGUAGUACAAUAUCCUUGUGUUUUGCUCAUUCAUUCAAUCGCAGAUCGCGCAACAUCAUCUGCAAGGCCCGUGAAGCUGUCGAUGAAGUCACUCAUUGUAGCUGGAACAAUCUUGUUAUUGCAAGUGAAAUGCCCGUACUAGUAGAAUUCUGGGCACCGUCGUGCGGACCGUGCCGGAUGAUAGCACCGGUGGUGGAGGAAUUGGCCGGAGAAUAUGGUGGGAAAAUCCAAUGCUACAAGCUCAACACCGACGACUGGCCCAACAUAGCCAUGCAAUAUGGAAUCCAAAGUGUCCCAACGGUGUUGUUCUUCAUGGAUGGAGAGAGCAAAGAGAGCAUCAUAGGUGCUGUCCCCAAGUCCACCCUCACUUCUACCAUUGAGAAAUAUUUGAACACUAGUACUACUUGAAGAUGAAUAACAUAGUAUGUAUUAUAUUAAUGUUUGGAAUUGAAUAAGAAUAACAAUGCAAUUCAUGAUUACCUAA